CUAAUUAGGGCUGCGCUGGACUUGCGCUCAAAUGUGGCCCACGGGCUACGAUAUAUAAGAUUACAAGGGGUUCGUGAUGUGCACCUUCACCAUUGCUUGGCUCCGGCUCGCCCUGAUCCCGCUCUUUUAAUACCUCUAGGUCAAUUCCAACCCGCAGCAAUCUUCAUUUACAUCUUCGACUGGUCUGAGUACAAAUCAUACGCACGGUAUGGCGAAGCUCGUCAACCCCAUCGAUGUCGCACACAGUCCGCCUGUGCUUGCUUUCGUCGGCCUCUUCACACAUCUGGUCCUCCAUCAAGAUGAGUGGGACAACAACAUCAACACCUUUCUCUGGAUAUGGUUACUUGGCUUUGGCGGUAUUGCUACAGCUGAAUAUGUGCAAGACCCUCGGGCCAACUCAAUUGGCGCCGUCGUAAAGGUCACAGCAACAGCAGCAGCUAUCUACUUCGGAACGUUGUUAGUGAGCAUUUUGGCUCACCGAGUGCUGUUUCACCGGCUGCGAAAGUUCCCCGGCCCAUUUGUCGCACGCUUCUCCAAACUCCAUGCAGUCUUUGCUGGUGUGCUCCCUGACUAUCAAUACUACAAGUACAGUGAGGCACUGCAAAAGAAGUACAAGACCGACGUCAUUCGAACCGGUCCCCGAGAGCUUGCCAUCUAUUGUGCCGAUGCAAUCCCACUAGUCCACGGACCUAUGUCAAGGUGUAGGAAGAGCGUUUGGUAUAACAACGCGAACCACAUCGGCGGCGCAUCUACGCAGACGACGUGCGACAAGCAAGACCACAAGCAGCGGCGUAAGGCGUGGGACCACGCUUUUAACGCUAAAGCGCUGCGCGAGUAUGAACCAAGGCUGAACAGACAUUCACUUGCGCUCAUGACAAAGUUGAAGGAAGAGGCGAAGAAUCCUUCAGUGCGAAUCACCAACUGGGUUAAUUUCUAUAGCUUCGACGUCAUGGGCGAUAUUGGGUUCAGCCGCAGCUUUGGUAUGCUGGAGAAGGGCGAAGAAGAUCCCAUGAUCAAGCUUCUACACGCCAGUAUGGAGCCGUUGUCCGUUUUCGGGCACAUACCUUGGGCGCUGAACUUGAUCACCCGUACGGCUGCCGGCGCCAAACCUUUGAUUGAACAUAUCAACUGGACGUCGAAGGUCUUGAAAGAGAGGAAAGCUAUCAUCCCGAAGGAAAACGACAUCUUCAGCUGGCUGCUCGAUCCUGAUAGCCCAGACAUCACCCCAGAACUGAACGCUGAUUCUCGUCUUCUUGUUGUCGCUGGAAGCGACACCACAGCCGCAACACUGUCUUUCAUCGCCUACGAGUUUUGCAAGCACCCAGAGGUUCAGGCCAAACUACGCAGAGCGAUCGACGCCGCAGCACACGACAAGGACCACCUCGACGUCGAGGAUGUACAAAACAUCCCGUACCUAGAUGGCGUCAUCAACGAAGCUCUCCGUCUACACCCUCCUGUCCCCUCCGGCGUCCAGCGCGAAACCCCACCCGAGGGCAUUACACUCCCCAAUGGUACCUACAUUCCCGGCAACAUCAUCAUCUGGAUGCCCAUCCACUGCCUACAGCGAGACCCUCGCUAUUUUGCCAAGCCCCUGACUUUUCUACCCGAGCGCUGGACCGACGAGCAGCCUGACGCCGUCAUCGACAAGCGCGCGUUCAUGCCGUUCAGCACCGGUGUGUACAAUUGCGUGGGCCAGAAGCUGGCGAUGAUGGAGCUGAGGAGCGUGACGGCGAAUCUUGUCCGCGCGUUUGAGAUUACGUUUGCAGAGGGCGAGGAUGGCAGUGCGGUGGAGAAGAAGAGCAGGGAUUGCUUUACAACGAAUGUCGGGGAGUUGGAUGUUAGGCUUAGGCCUAGGUACAAGGCGUGAUGAUGAGAGUGCGUUGAUGGAGGGAAAAGAUAUAUGGAUAUACGACGUACUGUAG